UACCGAAUAAACUAUAUGAGUGAUCCCAAUCCCAAUGCACAGCCGUGGGUGAGGGAACAGUCCUGCGUGGUGGAUGUCACUCUCACCUGCCUCCGCCUCCACAGGACCACAGCAUCACAGCUCCGCCUGGGACACAGAAACAGCUUGCUUGCCUCGCCCUCCGCCUCCGCCUGGCUGUGUCAGAGUGUCUGCUGGCUACACAGCACACAGCACACACAGGGAGCGUUGCAGCCCUGGUGGUGGUGCGGCUCAGUAUCUAUUUGUGGAGGUGCCCGGCAGAGUGAAGGCUGCACGCCCUGCUCACCGCCAGCCAAUCUUGUGUCCCACUUCCCUAUCCCCUGCACUCCAUGGCAUGUUUGGCAGGAGUCCUUUCUCUCAGUACCUGAUCCCUGCCAGCAGCAUGGACACAGCCUUCACACAGUUUUCAACAAUUAUGAGUUUGAGUUAAGAAAUUUCCUGAAGUCUUCCUCACCAAACACAGCCUGA